AUGCAGAACCAUCACCUGAAGGAACACUUAUAUAAAAUCCUGGUGAUCGGGGAUCUGGGUGUGGGGAAAACCAGCAUCAUCAAGCGCUACGUGCACCAGAACUUCUCACCGAACUACCGCGCGACGAUCGGCGUGGAUUUCGCGCUCAAAGUUCUCAACCUCGACCAGGAGACCGUCAGAUUACAACUCUGGGACAUCGCCGGCCAGGAGCGUUUUGGGAACAUGACGCGGGUGUAUUAUCGAGAGGCCAUGGGAGCCUUCAUCGUUUUUGACGUCACCCGGCCAUCGACGUUCGAGGCGGUGACAAAGUGGAAGGAGGAUCUUGACGCCAAGUUGAGUUUAUCCAACGGCAAAAACGUGGCGACCGUGUUGCUCGCCAACAAGUGCGAUCAGGGCAGAGAUGUUCUCACUAACAAUGGCAUCAAAAUGGAGCAGUUCUGCCAGGAGAAUGGCUUUGUGGGAUGGUUUGAAACUUCUGCCAAGGAGAAUAUUAAUAUAGAUGAGGCUGCACACUGUCUGGUGAAGCACAUUAUAGCUAAUGAGAAUGAUCUGCUGCAGUCAGAGGUUGCAGACACCAUCUCGCCGCAGCAGGAGUCCAGCCGCAGAGGAACCUGCUCCGCCUGUUUCAGGUCCUGAAGAAGAUCUCCAGAGGGUCUCAGAGGAGCGCUUCUCCAUUCAACUUCAUCCUGGCUCUUUCAAGUCUAUCCAUCACGUGUCUUCUCUUCUCAUCUCAUUCACAUCUCCUGUUGUCUCUGUUUAUCUGUGUCAGCGCCAGAGAGGCGACCCUAUCGCCGUGUCUCGGUUUCCAUGGUAACAAGACUUAUCGGACACUCUGCAGAGCAGAAAAUGUUUUAAGAGAAAGAGACAGCGGUGUGAAAUCCAUCUGCAGAACUUCACGAGAACUUCAGGUUCCUGCAGAAUCAGAACCCCAAAAGGCCAAUUCUGUAUUUUACCAUCCAUUCUGUCAUUUUAUUAUGAUUUUACUGACCUGCUUUGCUGUUAAUUCAUAUUUUUACUCACUAACAGAAAUGGGCUGAAUAAGCAAAACUUUUAAUUUUUCCCACUGAGCAGAGCGUAGCUCAAUAUUUUCCAUGUUUUUUUUUUUCCUUUUAAGUCAGGAUGUUCAUGAAUUAUGUAUGCAGGUCUUAAAAAAUAUUAAUGAAUUUGAAUAUUUUUGGUACAUGCCAUUGCAGAUGUUUUUAAAACAGGGUUUCUGCAGGUUUUCUGAACGUAAAUGUAAGACCAAGUAAAGAAAAUUAAGAAAUAUGUUAAUAUGGUGUCUAAAUGUAAAUGUCUUGUAUUCGCAACACUUCAAAAUGUGAAAAUACUGUUACUUUAUUCAUUUCACAAAAAAGCAUAAAUAGCUCUCUAGAAAUAUGGAAAUAACUUUUACUGUACCUUCACACUGCAAAAAGUGCUUGUUUUCCGGCGCAAAUGUCUGAAGAUUGUUAAAUCAAGAUACAUGUAUUUCAGAAGAACGAAUAUCUGCCAAUGGACUCAGAAAAAUCAACUUAAUUCAAAGGGAAAGCAAGUUUUGUUUCCCAAUGACAGAUAUUUGUUCUUGUUUUCUCACUUCAUUUUCAGUUUCUCAGAAAACAAGACUUCAUACAUUCACUUACACUAUGUACUUACAUUUAAAUUAAUCAUUUGGAACAAUGCACUUAUUGUGUACAUGUUUACAUUGUACUUAUAUUUUUAAAAAUACCUAUAUAUAAUUACAUCUGUAAUUAAUUUCUGUAAUUACAUUUAUAAUUACACUGUUGACCCAUCCCUUACACCUUAACCCACCCUUAAACCUACCCAGACCACCAAACCUGUCCCUAACCUUACCCGUAUCCCACCUUAAUAGCAGAAAAUGUGUUUUGCAAUACAAUAUGAACACAAUAAGUACAUUGUACUUAUUUUUUGAUGCAAGUACAUAGUAGUUAAGGCCACCUAAUAUAAAGUGUGACCGAUAUUUGUAUUAGAAAAAAUGACAAAAAUACUUAAGCAUUUUUUGCAAUGCAUGUAACAUAUAAUGCCAUGACUUUAUCAGUAGACGUCUUUCUGCAUGUUGCGAUUUAUAAUGUUUGUCAUUUGUUUUAAACACUACAGUGCCAUCAACCAACAGCGUUUGUUCUUUUAUUUAUCAAGUGUCAGUGAUAUAUAUAUUAUUAGAGCAUGUAUGAUGAUGUCCUGUAAAUACCCCUGUAUUUACCCACAGCAGAAGAGUUCAGAGUUAAAGUAUUAAUAAACAUAAUCUUUAAUAAAGUGUGUGU